UGUUCACAGAACUUGGUCGGGAUGUGUAAAUGAUGUAAAGACACAAGAAACGAUAGCAAUGUUCUACAACUUAAAGCACACAUCCAAGAUGUUGGUUUGGCUGGUCCUGUUGACUGGGGAUCUCGGCGUUCAAGGUACCACCAAAAAUGUCUGUACGCUGGAAAAAAUUUCCUUCAGUGUGGAAGAAUACAAAGCUGAGUUUAAGCUUCUCAUAGAAGGCGAGAACCACACCAACGUCCCUAAACCCGACCCAAACAACAAACUUGAACAAAGUCCCUUGUGUGGUCAGACUCUAGUUGACCAGUCGCGGGCCAUUGUCAGGGGAGAGGAAGCUCCUGAGAAUGCCUGGCCGUGGUAUGUCUAUCUCCUGACACAUGUCUCUGAGGGAACUGCGAUGUGUGGGGGUUCAAUUCUCACCGAGUGGUGGAUCCUGACAGCAGGACACUGUAUGAUUUCACGGAACUCUACUAUCAUGGUUUACUUUGGAUUAACUGACAAAACACAACUGGACACGGCAAAACCUAUCAAAGCUGAAAAGCGUUUUACAAAACUUUAUAUUGAAGAUGGAGUUGUUUACAAUGACAUCAUGCUUCUCAAGCUUGAGUCUCCAAUAACCUUCUCUGACGCAAUCAGGCCGGUCUGCUUGCCCGAGGAGGACAUGAGCAAGUCUAAAAAUUGUUUUAGUAUUGGAUUUGGAGCAACCGCUCCUGUGGGAGAAAUUUCUAAAAAAUUGAUGCAAAUCAAAUCCAACCCCAUGGAUUAUAAACUUUGCAGGUUUUUCCUUCGCUAUAUUGCUAUGCUUAACCACACAGAAAAUUUGAUUUGUUCCGAUGUGGAGCGAGGCCAAGGAACAUGUUUUGGCGAUUCAGGGGGCCCCAUGAAUUGUAAGGCCAAUAGCAGAUAUUUUAUCGUCGGCGUGACGUCUACCACGUUUGAGUGUGGGCAGACCGAGUUACCAUCUGGCUUGGUUUCAGUGUAUGCCUGGAUAGAGUGGAUUAAAACCACAAUCAAAUCCAAUUCGUAACGAGUUACGGCAGUGGCGUCGCAAGGUUGGUUGUCACCCGGUGCGGCGCAUCCUGGUUUCACCCCCUCCCCCCCCCCCA